AAGGCUCUAUCAUAGAACAUUCAAUCAGAUAUAUUUGAUUAGUAUAAAAAUCAGCUGAUGGCGGAUUGCAACCCUGCAGAGCCGAAGAAUACUAUUUGUUUACGUCUAACAGUUGCUGUUGGUUCCUGUGAUGUGGAAGAAGACGUUAGCGAAAUGGAGGAGCACAAAAGUCGACUUGCAUAUACGUUCUAUAUGCUAACAUUAUUUUUAUUUGGCUGUGUACUUUUCAUAGUCGGUUUCUUUCCGGCUUCUUAUACAACAACAGACGCGGAACGAGAAAGCACCAUACCUAAUGGCUGGCCAAUUAAAAUGUAUGGUAAAAAAAUUACCCCGCCGCCGGCUAGCUAUGACGCUUUUGUACUGUUCCUGAUAGAUGCACUACGCGAUGACUUUCCCACGGAGACCAAUAUGCCGGUUUCAUAUGAGAAAGCUUGUAUUAAGCUUAAUCUACAUGUCGACAUACCGACAGUGACUAUGCCAAGGUUAAAGAGCAUGACUACUGGAACACUGUCCAAUUUUAUAGACAUAGCGCUCAAUGUAGGGAGCAUAGAACAGCUGGAAGAUUCAUUGCUGCAUCGCUUGCGCGACCGGGAUGCUGUAGUUUCAUUCGCUGGAGAUCACACUUGGCUUAAACUAUUUCCAAGUGAAUUUACUCGAGCGGCUGCUAACAACGAUUCGUUUUAUGUUAACGAUUUCUAUAAUGGUGACAAGCUGGUAACUAGUGCAUUAGAGGAGGAGCUGGAGAAAGCUGACUGGAAGCUGCUUAUACUGCACUAUCUCGGUCUAGAUCACAUAGGUCAUGUCGAAGGCAACGAAAGUCCCAAGAUCCCACAUAAACUAAGAGAAAUGGACCAGGCUGUGCAGAAAAUUAUAGAACACAAGAACAUGCAAAACUAUUUAAUGCUGCUGACCGGUGAUCAUGGCAUGGCUGAUGGCGGGGGCCACGGCGGCAAUACGCCUGCAGAGACCUCCGUGCCGUUGUAUUUGUUCUCGAAGAACUGCAGUAAGCCCACGACUGUUACCAAGAGGUAUAAUCAAAUUGACUUGGCGCCUACACUGGCCGUAUUGCUAUCAGUAGAAAUACCUACUAUGUCCAUCGGCUGCCUUAUACCGGAAAUGCUGCAAAGUUUAACAUUGGAGCAACAGCUAUAUGCAUAUUUCUAUAACGCACAUCAUUUGCUAAAUAGAGCCCGAGUUAAAUUCGGUCAUGAAGUAGUGCAUCGUAGUGAUUACUAUCAUUGGUAUCAGAACGCAACGUUGUUGCACAAAGAUCUCUUAGAUCCGCUGCGUGAGGGCGAUGGCAGCAGCGCUAGCCAGGUGCACUAUCAGAAUGCCAAGCUAAACUAUAUGCGGGUGGCACGUGAAAUUUCUGGGCUGCUAUCCGAGUCGCUGGUGAAGUUCGACUAUGGCUUUAUAGCGAUGGGACUGGUGCUUACUACAGCGGCUGCUUUGCAUCUGGCCUUGAGCGUGCUGUUUACGGAUGUGGCCAAUGAGCAGCUGCAGCUGCAGAGCCUAAAGAAGGCACAGCUGUUGCUCUCGCUAGUCAUUGGGGCCACACUCAACAUAUUUGCUCACGCGCUGGAUGUGAUUAUGACCAGCACGCUACUAUUGAAAUUGAUCUUGAUGCUGCUGUUGGUGGCAGCUAUUUAUUUAAGCUUUGAUGUAGUGCUGACGUUUAUCAAAAUUGCGCUGCCGCCGAUUUAUACGCGACGUCUUAAAAUAUCCAUACCGCUGCCUGUUCCGCUGCUAGUGUGCUUUGCCAUACGCGUGCUGACGUUGGGCUCGUCCUCCUUCAUAGAAUUUGAGUACCUCACAUGGUAUUAUUUGGGCAACACGCUGUUGUUGCUAACAACAUUUAGAACGCUGCGUCGUCGCAUAACCAAAGCCAAUGAGGAGCUUGAUGGCAGGCAUUUGUAUAAGAUUGCUUCGGUUUGUCUGUGGCAGCAGCGCAAGAUCUUUGUGGUGCUUCUGCUGCUCAUACUGAUGCGACAUACAUAUGGCUUGCAGGCCAUAAAGAGCACAUUGAUGGUGUUUGCUUUAAUGUUGUUCUGGGCGCGGCUGCGCAAGUUUCAUACAAACUUGCAGGCAAUUUUCUGUGGCAUUGCCUUUCUGCUAGUCUACACUUUCCGUGGUCUCAACCAGCAGGUGCAGUUCUUCACGCUGUCCGAGCAGCUUGCUGCGCGCUUGGUUCUGCCUGUGCUGGUGCUUUUUUGGUGCUGCUUUGCACUAGUUUUGGUGCUCGGCUAUCGCGCUGCCUUGCCUCAGCAGCAGAGCAGUACGGAUUUGCUCAAUUUGGAGGCGCGUCCAACCAGCGCGUUGCUGCGCCUGUUGCAGACCAAUCUAAGUUGUUCACUCAUCUUAACAGCUUUAAUGUUUAAGGUGCAAAAUAUUGUGCUAUUGCCCACGCUGCUCAUAACGCUGGACGAGACCUACAAAUUAUGCGAAGCAUACGGCACCAGCGCACGCAAGUUCUCGGUGCGCUUGGUGCACGUUUAUAAGAUUAUUAUGACCAUCUUCGUGGGCAGAAUGUUUUUCUUCUAUCAGGGUAACUCGAAUAGUUUGUCCACCAUUGAUCUGACACCUGGCUAUAUAGGCCAGACCUCAUAUGAUCCCAAUGUGGUUAGCAUAUUUGUUUCGCUGAACACGUUUAGCGCCGAUAUACAUUCCUUUCUUUACCUAAUUGUCCACACAUUGCGUGCAAAUCUAAAAAGUGUGGGCAUCAUGCAGCUCCAGCCUCCAUAUGCCAAGGCAGCAGAUACGCUGGUGGCGCCACUAUAUGCUGCAUUAUUACUGCUGCCAGUGGCCUUCUAUCUGUGCUUAAUGCUAGGCUUCAGAUAUCAUCUGUUUAUAUAUUCCGUCUUUUCACCCAAAGUAGUUUACGACUGUUAUACGGUAUUUGUGUUCUUUUUCGUAUUCCUAAUAACGAGUUUGUACUUUAAAUUAUUUAAAAAUGACGCUUAAAAAUAUACGAAUUAAUUUAAAAUCCCUAAAAUUCUCUAUU